AUGUCGACUCUUCUCGAGAGCUGCCGUGUAUCUCCGCCGCCUACAACCGUCAAAGAGAGGUCUCUCCCGCUUACUUUCUUCGACAUGAUAUGGCUAAUCUUCUUCCCCAUCCACCAGGUUUUCUUUUACGAGUUCCCUCACUCUAGAGAACAUUUCUUGGAAACCAUUGUUCCAAACCUUAAAUACUCAUUAUCCACCACUCUUCAGCACUUCCUCCCAUUCGCAGGAAACUUAAUCGUGUUUCUUAAUCCAUGUGUUGAAAAAGAAGCUAAAAAACCCAAAAUUCGUUACAUAGAGGGCGACUCUGUUGCUGUUAGUUUUGCCGAGUGUAAUCUUGAUUUCCACGAUCUUACAGGGAACCAUCCUCAUAACUGUGACAUGUUUUAUCAACUCGUACCUAGUUUAGGACGUGUGACGAAAACAUCCGACUAUGUUUCAAUCCCACUUUUUUGUGUACAAGUUACACUUUUUCCCAACGCAGGUAUCUCGAUUGGUUUCUCUAAUCACCACUCUCUUUGUGACGCUAGCACAAGGUCUAAUUUCCUAAAGGCGUGGACAUCGAUAGCUAGACAUGGUACAGAUGAGUUAUACUUAGCUAGUGGAUCUUUACCUUUGUAUGAUAGAGUUAUCGAAUACCCAAGCUCCUUAGAUAAAAUAUACAUGAGUCAACCGGGGCUUGAAGUUAUUGAUACUGAAUACCAGCCUCAUCAACUUGUUAGCCAAAAAGAUAAAGUUCGAGCCACCAUUGUCUUGACACAAGCUCACAUCAAUCGCUUAAAGAAAAGCUUAUCAACUCAACUACCAACACUUGAAUACGUAUCAUCUUUUUCGGUGGCAUGUGCUUUUGUAUGGAGUUGCUUAGCGAAAUCACGUGUUGAUGAUAUGGGUGAGAAGAAAAGCGAGGAUGAUCUAGAAAGGCUUUUAUGUGCUGUCGAUUGGAGGUCACGUAUGGACCCACCGGUUCCUCAAACUUACUUCGGUAAUUGUGUGGGACCAUGUUUUACAUCAACAACAAGCACACUGAUAAAGAGCGAGAGAGGGUUUUAUAUUGCUGCUGAAUUACUUGGAAAGGGUUUAAGUGAAACGAUAAAGAAUAAGGAUGGAAUGUUAAAAGAUGCGGAGACAUGGAUUGAAAGAGCAUUCGAUCCGGUGCAAACAACUGGGGUGUCGGGAACACCAAAGACAAAGAUUUACGAUGUGGAUUUUGGAUGGGGGAAGCCGAAAAAACAUGAGACCAUAUCGAUAGAUUACAAUAGUUCGAUUUCUGUUAAUGCUUCUAAAGAUUCGUUGGUUGAUAUUGAAAUUGGUUUGUCUCUUCCUGCUAAACAGAUGGAUGCGUUUCUUUCCAUAUCUAAGGACGCUUUAGAGAGCUCGUUUUUUUGA